CUUAGGCACCUGAGAGCAGAGGGAAAAAAGAAUGAAGCUGGAUUUGCUUCAAAGUACAUGUGUUGCUUUGUGCCCAUUGUUCAGCCUCAAUGACGCAGGGAGACCCUCAGGCCGGUAUAAAUAGGGUAAGCGGAGGCCGGAAAAGAUCAUCCAGUUCGGUCCAUCCGUUCAAACGCGCAAGAUGAAGCUCCACUGGCUGCUUUUGGCAGUCGUCCUGAUCUGCUCCGUCAGCCACGGCACCACCAGUACCGGCAGCAGCACCAGCACCAGCACCAGUACCACCACCACCACCGCCUCCUCGACGGGCAGCAGCACCUCCACAGAGUCCUCGACCAGCACCUCCACGUCCUCCUCCUCGGACUCGGACAGCACCGACGCGAGCAGCAGCGAGACGGCCACCACCGCCACGUCCACCUCCUCGAAAACCAGCUCCUCCACGACCUCCUCCAAGAAGUCCGCCGCCGCCAAGAAGAAGGCCCGCGCCCGCGCCCGCGCCCGCGCCCGCAGGCGUGCCGCCCGCAGGAAGCGCCGUGCCGCCAGGAAGCGCGCCGCCGCCAAGCGCAGGCGCAACAGGAACAGGGGCUAGACUGGCGGUCAGUGCGACCCAGCCAGGACACGACUAAAACCUUUUUUUUGCCUUUCGAUAAGAGUAACAGAAUAAUAAAUAUGGUACAACA